AUGGCGUCAUGUAGUUUCCCUCAUUCCUCGCUGGAAUCGCUCCAAAUCACCAGUGAUGCCUCGGCCAAUAUGGAGAGUCGUGUUGGCGGGGAGAACGGCGUAGUUUCUUCAAUGCAGUCUCAAAAUUGGAGCAAUCCAACGCCUGAUGAGGCACAAUAUUUUCAAGAGUUUGUGAAUGUUGUCGUUCGGUUGAGGCCUCCCACGUCUGACGGCGUCGGCAACCCUGUUUUGCAGUAUUCCAUUGAGUCGGGUACUUUAGGUACUCCCUGUAUUGGACAUCUUCAGGUUAGUCAUACCCACGAAAAUGCGGUCAGCUCUGUUAAUGGUGGUGAGGCGCAAUUGCUCAACCGUGGGAGGUUUCAAAACGACGAACUUGCUUGUACGGUGAACGACAACUGUUCUAUUGGCUCUCCCAUGUCAACAUUAACAGCAACGGUAACACCAAGCCAAAACGGCUUACCCCAAGCAAUGUAUACCCCGCGGGUGGGCGUAGCGAAUCGUGGGAAGAUAUUGACUGUUUCGCCCCCAAUGUCAGGGGACGCUAAAGAGGUGCAGCACGUGUAUGAGUUUGGGGAUGUCAUUGACUCUUCUGUAACAGAUGAAGAAAUGUGCCGCUCGAUCGUUCCAGGCAUAAUUGGUAAAAUGAAAGCAGGGUUUAAUGCCUGUGUGCUGUGCUACGGUCAAGGAAUUAGUGGUAGAAUGCAUACAACAAACGCCAUUACCCUUGCCUUUAUUACGGCCUUGUUUGACACUCUGGAUGCGGAGAAUGAUACUGUGGAGUUGUCGUACGUACAAAUAUGCAACAACGAUGCUUACAAUCUACUCGGUGAAGAUAGGUCUGAGCAAGGGGUACUUCUGAACAAAACAAAAGGAACAUUGAUGCGGGAACCACGGUAUAUUGUGCGUGAUGCUGCGGAUGCAAGGUCAAAGAUUGCUGAGGCGCAACAAAAACGAUUUGUAGGUUCUCAGACAUUGAAUGCACUGAGUUCUUGUUCCCACGCGUUCGUUUCCUUCUAUGUGACAAAAAGUGCUGAGGGUAUUCCUGUACUAAAAAGUAGUUUAACGCUGGGCGAUCUUGCAGUUUCGGAGGGUGUUGCAGACGUAGAACUUGAGAAAAAGCAUGACAUUAAUAAUUCUCUUUCCGUGAUACAUGCUGUUCUUAAGGCUGUUGCAGAUGAUACAGAGGAAUUGCCAGAAGGAGAAUCCAUCCUAAUUCGCGAUAUUGCCUCUGCUCUCGUCGGCAGCUACCUAUUCCUCAUUGCAACCGUGUCAAUGGACGAACGGGAUUACGCGGAAACAAGAAGGUCUCUUGAUUUCGCCACAAUAGCAAAACGAUAUGUUGUGAAAAAAGGCAAAAAACGCACAAUAGAUUUUCUUCCUAAUUUAACAGGUAGUUUUGAGGAUACCUACAUGCAGUUGAUUAAGGAGGUGGACACGUUGCGCUAUCGUGUACAUUCACUCCAGGAGGAGUUAAAUGCCCAAAAUCAAUGCUCUGCUCUCAUCGUAAAGGGGCUCAGUCCCACUACCACAAACGCAGAGACAGGAACUACCGACACGACUGAUGAGCAUGCAUUAAGAAUAUCUUCCGUUCCAGUGGGGGGGAGGCCUGAAAUUAUCAAUGUACAUGAACAUGUCUUGGAGUUGGAGCGUCAGUGUGCUGUUUUUCAACGCAUUUUGGGUAACCGAGAAAAGGAGUUGAAUGCGUUUGCAUCACGAGGAGAUGUUACAGGGAACGUGGUUCAGGAGCUACAACAACUAGCGAAGAAAAGGGAAGAGGCACAGCGAGGCCUGGAAGAAGCACCGCCUGAGUUGGCAACAUGUGACUUGCGCCGCAAGGUGGCUGGCACGAUUGUAUGGAGACAGGAAGAGUUAGACAGUGUAUGUCAACAGAAAAAGAUUAUAGCCAAGGUGAUGGAAGGAAUGCGGUGUGAGCAGCAUCGAAUGACGGCGGACCUUUUAGAAACCCGAAAAAGGCUGGUGCGACUUGAAAGCGCUCAGGAGGAAUCCUCUCAGAAGUUGAAGGCGGCUGCUGAGGAAAAUGUGGAGUUGAAAGAACAAAUUGAGGAACUUAAUUUAAGGCUUCUACGCGAGUACGCCGAGCGUGCCAUCCGCGAGGAGACAGUGGCUUGGUUCAAGGCCUCCACUGAACGAGAUGAACAGUGCGAGCAACUACGGACGGUACUUGAAGAGCAGCGUAAUCUCUGCGAUGUUCUGCAAGGUCGUUUAAAUAGUACGGAGCAUGAACUUGAUCGCAGUAAUAAACAACAGGGAGCACUACUACAGGAAAUGCGGAAAAAGGAUGAGGCAUUUCGUACCAUUUGGCUUUUGCUUACUCCACAUCAAAAGGCGCGUUUCCUGUCAUUUGGGGACAGUUGUGGUGAGGGUGCGAGCGGUGCUGGAUCCUCUUCAUUGCAUCAGGGCCACGAAAAUGUGCAGCUGCGGAGUCAACUGCGAACGCUGAAACGACAACUAGAAGAGGUGUUGCUGCGGAAUAGGGAGUUGGAGUACAGAAUAGAAGAUUUAGAAAAGGAAAACCACCACCUACAGGGGCAGUUGCAGAACCGCGAGGAUGAAUAUAAGAACCUUGUCUCUCUCGACCAGGAUUAUAGAAACGAACGUGAACAUAUGGAGCAGCAGAUUGCUCAUCUCUUUACUUACAUUGAGGAGCACAAUGCGAAGGAGCAGGUGACUGAACGACAACUUCGUGAUGCGCAGUCCGAGUGGGAAAGGUUAAAUCAAGGGCAUCGGAAUGCGCAACGUGAGGUGGUGGAUCUAACGGCAAAGCUUGAAAAGGUAGAGGAAGAACUUCGAGCGCAGCGGGUUGACAACAUCAAGGCCAAGGACCGUGUAAAGGAGUCUCAAAAGCAGGACUCGGCAAUAACGAGCCUGCAUCAUCAGUUGGCCGUGACUAGGCACAGUGUCGAUGAGACUUAUCGACGACGCGCAAUUGCAGGUGUAAUGCGGCAGCAUGUGGCGUCGGAUGUUAAUACUUACAAUCCCCACGCCGAUAUUAUUAAACGAAAAAUCAAACGCCGUAAUCCUGAGCUUUCGUUUAGGGCUUUUAUGCAAAGCGUGGAUCCUGCACAGUUUGUUCGAGUUGCCACUGCACAGCAUUUGCCUUUAAAUGGUCAUGGGCACCGCCAGCGGAAUGGGAUGUCGUCACAGUUGCGACGUCGUCAUUCUCCUCUAGUUUUUCUAAACGAGACCACGAGGCCAUGGAAUGGGUCCUUCGGUGGUGGUUGUACCCAUUCCUGCGCUGGUUGUCGCCGCAGAAAGCUGUCUCAGUCGAAAGCAAAUGAUGUGAAGCCGUGGUCACAGUUGAUGCCUGCCAAUGCUGCCGCUGCAGAGGACCCUACUCUUGAUAAGUUCAGGCGUGGUAACUCCUAG